CAGCGGCGCCGCCCGCCCCUUCCCGCCUUCCCCCGCGGCGGCGCAGGGCAGCAGCGGCAAGAUGGCGCAGCCGCCGGUUCCCCUCAAGGACAUGAAGCUGCUGGACGUGAAGCUGGGCCAGCUGCCCACCUGGCUGGCCAUGAGAGACUUCACCCCCGGCGGCAUCGUGGGGGCCGUGCGAAGAGGUUAUGACAGAUACUACAAUAAAUAUAUCAAUGUAAAGAAAGGGGGCCUGGGUGGUAUUUCCAUGGUGCUUGCUGGUUACGUUGUCAUCAGCUACAUCUGGAGCUACAGUCACCUGAAACAUGACCGCCACAGGAAGUACCACUGAAGUGUGAAGGUGCAGCUCUUUAACAGAUGGGCUCCUGGAACAGUUACCCUGACAGAAGACAUCAGAAGUAUUCAUACUAAGAUCUGUACCAUUAUGACCAAUAAUAAAGUGCAUACACUUUACAUUUACUGA